UGUGAUCCGCUUAAUAACAUUUCUGCCCAGACGCUGCCUCACACCAAAGAAGGGGUGUAGCCGGGGACAGCUGGGCCUCCCCUAAAAUCUGAGGGGCUCUGCGUCAGACACGGUCCCCGGACAAGGGCCCGAGAGUGCUGUUGGAGAAAGGACGUAUGCAAUAUGGGGAGGACCAAUGACUCCAUGUUGACAGAAUUUCUCCUGGUUGGGCUUUCUGCCCACCCAAAGCUCCAGACAGUUUUCUUCGCACUAGUUUUGUGGAUGUACCUGAUGAUCCUGCUGGGAAAUGGAAUCCUCAUCUCAGUAAUCAUCUAUGAUUCUCACUUGCACACCCCCAUGUAUUUCUUCCUCUGUAAUCUUUCCUUCCUGGACAUUUGCUACACAAGUUCCUCUGUCCCACUAAUUCUUGACAGCUUCCUGACAGUAAGGAAAAGAGUUUCCUUUUCUGGGUGCAUGAUGCAAAUGUUUCUCUCCUUUGCCCUGGGGGCCACAGAGUGCGUGCUUCUAGGCAUGAUGGCACUUGACCGCUAUGUGGCCAUCUGCUACCCACUGAGAUACCCUGCCAUCAUGAGGAAAGGUGCCUACGUGCCCAUGGCAGCUGGAUCCUGGGUUUCUGGGCUUGUGGAUUCAGUGGUACAGACAUCUCUCGCAAUGCAAUUACCAUUCUGUGCUAACAAUGUCAUUAACCACUUUGUCUGUGAAAUUCUGGCUAUCCUAAAACUGGCCUGUGCUGAUAUUGCAAUCAAUGUGAUCAGCAUGGCAGUGUCAAAUCUGGUUGUUCUGGUUAUUCCAUUGCUGGUAAUUUCCAUCUCUUACAUUUUUAUUAUUGCUACUAUUCUUAGGAUCCCUUCCACUGAAGGAAAACGUAAAGCAUUCUCCACCUGCUCAGCCCACUCGACAGUGGUGAUUAUUUUCUAUGGAACCAUCUUCUUCAUGUACGCAAAGCCCAAGUCUAAAAGCUCUGUUGGUCCAGUUAAUCAAGACGUUGUUGAGGCCCUCAUCUCCCUCUUGUAUGGAGUGAUGACCCCCAUGCUCAAUCCUCUCAUCUAUAGUCUGAGGAACAAGGAUGUGAAGACUGCUGUGAAGACCAUGCUGGGUAGGAAAAACUCAGAUGGAGUAUGAAUACUGAUUUACACUAGGUGACUCAGUAUAAAAAGUUUCUGCAGACAUGAAAUUCAAAUAGAGAAAAUCACCAUACAAAAACAAAUUCACCAUGUGUCACUCAAAACUAUAUACAGAAAUAUUUUGGUGGUGGUUGUUACUAUUAGUUUUGUUCUAAUUGCAGAAAUAAAACAUGCUCAUGAUUUAAAAAAAUACUAUUAUGGAAAUGUAAAAAAUUGAAAAUUUCUUAGGAAGUCACAGCAAAGCAUAAGCACGCUUAAACCUUUAGAAAAUAAUAAAGGCAAAUGGUGUUCCAAAAAGCACUUUGUCACCUAAAAUAAGUACAUUAUUAAUAAAUCAUUCAAAGCUAUUAUUGAUCUGCAUAUGACAUACUGUAUAUUCAUUUUUAACUUGUUCUUUUAUUUACUGUUUGUGUUCACCACACGCAUAAGCGCUGUGGGAGCAGACUUGUGUAUUUAUUACCUUACAACGUCCCAAAGUUCUAGAAUAGAAGAUGACACAUAGUAGAUGCUGAAUAAAUAUAUUUUGAACAAAUAAAUGAACUUCAGUAUCUAUAAAAGUAGAAAUGUAUGUCUAUCAUAUCUGAGGUAACAAAGAUUAUUCAAAAAGAAAUUUGAUUCAAUGUAAUAUUUUCUAAGUAAACUACAUAAGCAUUUUGUGAUAUGAGCUCCCCUAAUAAAGUACUUAUCUUUUCUUUUUUUAUGUGAUGUGUGUUAUAUUGUAGAGGAACAGCUGCCACAAUUUUCCUGGAUUUCGUACAUAAUGUGACUACGGUAGCUGAAAAGUGCCCUAGUCAUGCACCCUAAGUUUUAACCUAAUAAAAUGGUGGUGGCAUGGUAACAGAGAACUCCUCUAGAACUUUGAGAUCAGGUUGGAAUGAGGACAUCUUUCCUGAUUUGGACCAUACAUCUCCUAAUCAGUAGGAGAACUAAACAGAACUGGUAACUGAGAAAAGUUGCAAUCAGAGGAUAAGAAGUGGCAAAAGAGAAAGAGUCAAGUUGUUCAGUGAACUGAGGAGCUUCAGGGUUUGGAGCCCUGGGGGACAAGACAAAGAUGGCACAAAACUGAGAUGAUCUCUAUUGUGUGAAGAGUGUAGCCAUGUGGAGCAGCGUCAACAUGAGGAAUAGAAGCCCCAUUUCCAUUGAAGGAACUUAGUUAGAUAUGUGAAUAGAGGGAAGCAUUCCUUUUUUCCAGCCCUUUGAGGAGUCUACGAGAGUUGAAAUAUAGAACACAAAUCUAAAGUAAAACAACACAGCUGCUUCCAAAUUGUAAAAGUAAGCCCAUAAUA